CAACCGUCAAGGAAGCCGUCAAGGAGACGCUCGUCGGCUCGACAGAGCCCGAGCAGUACUCGGUGCAAACCAAGGCUCGUUUCAACCGCCAUGCUGCGAAGGACCCCGCAACGGGCGAGCUCUACCUCGGCCCGGAGCAGUUCAUCGACGCGAUCGCCCCCCCUCAUGAGGACUACGUGAGUGCCCCGCGGUUAGUCGCGUGCCAAGCAAGGCGCACGCAGCUAACAUAAAUCCGUAUGCAGCACAAGAUCAAGCGGGAGCAGUACUCGAUCCUGUUCCACGUCGCCGACCGGACAAACAAGGGCAGGCUGUCGCUCGCUGACUGGGGAUACUUCGAGAACAUCCUCAGCAAGCCCGAUGCCGAGUAUGAGAUUGCGUUCCGCCUCUUCGACAUCGAUCGCCUGGGAACCGUAAAAUAUGAAGACUUUCGUAACCUGUACGAGCUGAACAAGGGGCCCGACACGAUCCCGUUCGACUGGGACUGUGAAUGGGCAAAGCUGUACAUUGGUGGCAAGGCAAAAAGGCACAGCAUGAACUACCAGCAGUUCUCGCAAAUGCUCCGCGGUCUCCAGGGCGAGCGUGUACGGCAGGCCUUCCAGCGGUUUGACGCGGACGGCGACGGGUUCAUCGAGCCUGAGGAGUUUGCUACCAUCAUCCAGCAAACGGCCAAGCAUAAGCUCUCGGACCACUUGCUCGAGAACCUCCACACGCUUUGCAACAUUGCCCAGGGCAGCAAGGUCUCGUAUGCCAAUGUCCGGGCCUUUUUGAACAUGAUCAACGAGAUGGACUUGGUGGAACUCAUCGUUAGGCGCGCCUGCUCCAAGAGCAAGGAUGGUCGCAUCACCAGGGCCGAGUUCCUCAACCAGGCUGCCAGGAUUACACGGUUCUCGCUCUUCACCCCGAUGGAGGCCGACAUUCUGUUCCAUUUUGCCAGUCUUGACGAACCCUCUGGCCGGCUGGGGCUCAGGGACUUCGGCAAGGUUCUCGAUGCCGCUUGGAGGCGGCGUGACGAAGAGGAGGAUGGCCGUCCUGCCGCCGCCAAAUCGGCGAGCCAAAAUUUCCUCGGGCAGGCUCUUGAGUCAGCCUUCAAUUUCGGUCUCGGCAGUAUCGCUGGUGCCUUCGGUGCCUUCAUGGUGUACCCGAUCGACCUCGUCAAGACGCGGAUGCAAAACCAGCGUGGUGCGGAUCCUGGCCAGCGGCUGUACAACAACUCGAUCGAUUGUUUCAGGAAGGUGAUUCGCAACGAGGGAUUCAGGGGCCUGUACUCGGGUGUCCUCCCCCAGCUUGUCGGCGUCGCGCCCGAAAAGGCCAUCAAGCUCACCGUGAACGACCUUGUCCGCAACUGGUUCACCGAUAAGCAGGGUCAGAUUUGGUGGGGUGCCGAGGUGUUUGCUGGCGGUGCUGCCGGCGGUUGCCAAGUCGUUUUCACCAACCCCUUGGAGAUUGUCAAGAUUCGUCUCCAGGUCCAAGGCGAAGUCGCCAAGAGCGUCGAGGGCGCGCCGAAGCGGUCGGCCAUUUGGAUCGUGCGCAACCUCGGUCUCGUCGGCCUGUACAAGGGCGCAUCGGCGUGCCUGCUCCGCGAUGUGCCUUUCUCGGCCAUCUACUUUCCGACGUACUCCCACCUGAAGAGGGACGUCUUUGGCGAGACACAGACCAAGAAACUCGGCGUUCUCCAGCUCCUGACGGCGGGUGCCAUCGCCGGUAUGCCGGCAGCGUAUCUUACCACGCCGUGCGACGUCAUCAAGACCCGUCUCCAAGUCGAAGCCCGCAAGGGCGACACGGCGUACACAGGACUCCGGCACGCGGCCAAGACGAUCUGGAAGGAGGAGGGUUUCCGGGCCUUUUUCAAGGGUGGCCCGGCACGCAUCUUCCGCUCGUCGCCGCAGUUCGGCUUUACGCUCGCCGCGUACGAGUUUCUGCAAACUGCUCUCCCUUUCCCGGGUGGGAAGGCCGAGGCCAAGGGGGUGAGUGGCGUUGCGGAGGCCGUGUCAACCCUCAAGGAGAAGGCCAUCGAUAGCCCGUUUUACCGCUCCCGCAACGCGCUCAAGAUUCUGCUCGACCUGGACGAGCAUUUCGGACGGACACCGCUUGGACCCAAUUCGCAGGGUUGGAAAGCGCUGCCCGGCUGGAUGGGAACAAAGACUGCGUAAGGGGGUAUUAAUAUCGGUUUGCGGUGACGGUAGGUAGGGCGGCAUUGAUCUCGGCCGGGUGAGCGGCUUCGGCAGUGCAGAUCGGCAAGGGCGGGCGAGCCCGCAGCCGCAUCUAUAUCCGCCCACCCGGGUC